CUGAAACACCACAUUGACACCAUAGUCAAAAUCCAAGAAACUCACACCCAAAAUUAAUCACCACCACCAAACCCACGGCCAAACCCACACCUAAACCCAUCUCCAACGCCAUUAUUGUUUUCUGUAUUACAACAACAGAGUCGUCUCGUGGUUCUGUUUUUAGACGAUAGGGAUUUACAUCCGAUCCAACUCGCCGGGUCGACUCGCUCUCCAUUUUCUCCUAAGUGAGUUUCUCUCUUACUCUCAUUUUUUGUUUCUCGCACUUUCCUACUAAAAACGAAAAACAAAAAUCUGGGUUACUUGUCAUUUGUCGAUUCAGUACCCAUUUUCACUGUUUUUCAAGGUUGAAGGAAAGCAAUGUCAGACAAUUUAUCUACUUUGGACUCUCUACCUCAUGAAAUCCUGACCAAUGUUUUCGUUCGCCUACCUAUAAAAUCCAUAGUAACAUGCACAGCAGUCUGCAAAACAUGGAAAUCUCUCAUCCAAAACCCAACCUUCAUUUCCAACCAUCUCCACCACUCCAACAACAACAACAAACACCCCCUACUCCUCUUCAGGCUCUGCUCUUUGGAGCUCGCCGAAGCAGCAGAGAUCGCCGAAGCAGUUAGUGAGAUGACAUUUGAAGAAAAUGAAAAAGAACAAUACGUUUUGCAUUUUGACAACCAAGAUUUCAAUGAGUACACCAGGUUUGAUGACUUCCCUUUUCAUGGUCAAAGCUAUGGCGGAAUAUUUCAUGUAGUGGGUACUUGUAAUGGCCUCAUCUUCCUUGCUGAUGAUUUAUAUGGGUACCAUUAUAAGUUCUUUCUCUGGAACCCUUGUGUUAGAAAGUUUGUCAAACUUCCUAAACCCAAUAUCACAUUUUUUUCACAUGGUGGCUAUGACGCCACUGUUGGGUUUGGAUUUGAUUCCAAAGCCAAUGACUAUAAGGUGGUGAGGUUUGUGACUCUUGAAGAAAAAGGCCAAAAGGGUAAGUCUCCACCGGAGGUGGAGGUUUACUCACUCUCCACUGGAAAAUGGAGAAUGGUUACUGCUUUGCCUCCUAUAGGUGCUGCACGUGGUCGUGAGCCGGAGGCUUUUGUCAAUGGGGCUCUGCAUUGGGUUGCUUUGAGGAAGACUGGGAACAAAUUUCUUAAUUUUGUUAUGGUGUUUGAUUUGGGGGACGAGGUCUUCCGUGAGAUAGCGCUGCCGAAACUUUCAGAUCAAAAUGGAGAUGAGUAUUGGGUGAGGGUAUCUAUUUCAGCGUAUGGGAAUUCCCUUGCCCUGUUUCAACCGGGGUUUCCUGGUCACCGUCUCAGUAUAUGGGUGAUGAAAGACUAUGCGGAUGCGUCAUCAUGGACCAAAAUUAAAACUUUGCCUGGUGCAUUUCUCGUAGAGGGCAUACCAAGGUCACAUUGUAUACCUAAGGGUUUUAGGAAGAGUGGUGACGUUAUUCUGGAAUUGUAUGGAGGAUACCUCAGCUCACGAGACCUUAAGACCAAAGACUUUAAAGAUCUUAGAAUUCGUGGAUAUGGAAAUACUUUUGUUGAUUCUUAUGUUGAGAGCCUAGUUUUACUUGACAAACCCAACCAACAAAGGAAAAGACAGAAAAGAAAGAGGAACAACAACAGAAAACAGAUUUGUGGACCAAUGUUAUAUAAGAUCCAUAGGUUCCGGUUCUUCCUGAGAUGCAAAACACAGAAUCGCUCUUGGUCCAAACACUCCAAACACAGGACCUUUUGAAAUCAUGCUUGAUGAUGAGUUGUACGUAAUUAACAAACUUUAACUCAGGGAAAGAAAAGAUUCAACAAAGCGUUUUGAUGGUGUUUAGUUUCUUGGUAUUGGCAUUAGUUUUUAUGUCAAAAUGGAUUGUAGUAGUUAUUAUGUGAAUUUACUUUGUUAAAACUCAUUUGGGCUACACCACUCUUAUGUUUGUAAUUCUGGAUGAUAUGUAGUUUGGUUUCAGUGUGUUUAUAAAAAUGAUUAAGUGCUAAACUGUCUGCCAUGCUUGCAUUGUGUGUGUUUGUGCACAUGUAUUCGCGUGUCAAAUUUCUUCCA